GUUGUGAUGUAGCAGAUAUCUAACAUGGCUGAGGUGAGCAAAGGUCUGAAGACUGCAUUCUACAGAGUGAACCACAAACUUCAAAAUAUGACCAACGUGGUAUUUCUCAUAUUGUGUGUGGUGAUAUUCAUGGCUGGGCUUGAGCUGGUCGGUCUGAAUCAUCGAUCUCUCUUACUCAAGUCAGCAGGAAUCUUCAUUGUUUCUACAUUUAGCAAAUAUGAUCAAGCUAAGGAACUGAAGACUCGGCCUCUCGUGGGGUACAUCACAGCAACUGUAAUUGGUGUGGCGUUGUUUCUAACAGAUGGGAUACUGGUGACAAUGGCCUUUGCAAAGGCACUUUCUAAGCUUUCCAGCCUUACCACUGAUGUGGGAACAAGCACCAUUCUGACAUUUUCAAUGGUUUUGAGUGGAAUCAUGGCGGUUGUCUUGUGGUUCAUCCACUUUGCACCUGCUAUAUUUGGGAUCAUUGGGGUGAUCCAGGCAGCUCGGCUGAUACACCAGCUACACAGACGUGAGGUUACCAGGCAAGAAGGGGAGCAGCAGCCGCCUGAUCACCCAGAAGUGGGCAGAGGAGCUCUACACGCCAUCUCCCCGCCUCUCCUGAAUACUCCGAGCUCAAACCAAUCACCCAGAAUUGAGCAGAGCUCUAGGAGUGACACACACGUUCUCUCCUCCUCUCCUAAAGACUGCGAGCUUCAUCCAAUCAGCCAGACCAAUACAUACAAUCUCUCCACCUCUCCUGAAUACAAACCCAUCCUCCAGACCAAUACACACCACCUCUCUUCCCCUGCUGAAUAGCCCUAGCUCAGUUGAUUUAACAUCUUCUAGUGUAUCUGGUUACUCUGUAAGUGUUGAAUUAUGGCUGCAUGUUUUUUUUACUAAGUGUGAAUAGCUCCAUCCCUGUAUCCACCCAUAUUUCCAUAUCUCCACCCCUAUCCCUCCAAUUCUACACUCUCCUCUAUCUCUCUCUAGCCCUCCAAUUCCAUACCUCCAUAUCGCCACCCUAAUAGCCAAUGAACCAGAAGAGAACAGAGCUCCAUUUCUCAAUUUCUCUCUCUCUUUCUCUCUACCUCCAUCUCUCUACCAUUUGACAAUACCGCCCCAGACGUCAACAGAGCUGAACAGAAGAUGCUACCAAAUACCUGUCUAGACAACCAGGCACACAGAAUGCUACUAAAUAGCCAGGGCUCUCAAGUUUUUAAGUUUGGUCGGAGUGAGGGUGGUUUUUUUUUUGACUGGGGAUGGGGGGUGUAGACCCAUCGACCGACCAACCCUCUAGCUUUCCCUUCAACCCAGUUAGGAUUAAAAAUGAUUUCAUUAGAUGAAAUUCACUAUUUGUUCAAUAGCUAGGUCUAACCGUUAAUUAAUAACUAUCAUUAACUACUACUUUCUGUUCUGUAUUGUGCAUACGUUUCUUCAGAAGCAUGAACAACCCCUAACCCUAACCUAUCAGUAGGCCUACAGAAAUGCUUUUGAGAAAUACCUUUUCCACUAGGUUGAUAGGCUACCAAAUUCUUGUGCUAAACGGGGGCGUUAGGGAGCCAUAUGUGGCCGUUGAGAAGGAUAUGUUUGACCGUGUGUGUGUGUGUGUGUUUGUACCACUGACUGUAAAAUGCCUUUUCUUGAAAACUGUAUUUCUCACACUAUACUGUAUAUCCUAUGUAUGUACAGAAAAAAAUGCAAUUUAAUCCCUUUAAUGCUUCUGAAAUGUAUAUGCCAAAUAAAGUGAUAAAAAAACAUUGUUCACAUACAUUAUUUUCCGUAAAUUAAAGACAU